UCUAGUGUUGGUGCAUUUUACGAGGUUGUAAAAACAGCAAUGCAACAAAAACGAAUUUUCUUAAGCGUUGUCAUCUUGUUUCUAACCAUAAAUCCAGUCACUUAUGCCAUACAGGCUCGCAGUGACAAGGAGCAACCGCAAACGGUUGUCUCCGGCACGGCUGUGCAGUCGGUUGUACCCGUGCAGGCACAGUCGCCAGUUGGCUCCAGUUCACAAGCAGCUUCUGCGUCCAGCUCGACGUUCAAUCCUUUGGGACCGAAUGUAAUGUGCUCGUUCUUGCCGCGCGACUUUCUGGAAUGCAAGGAACCAAUCGAUCAUCGAAAUAACGAAACGGCUAGAAAGGAAAAGGGCUAUGGCUGUCUUCAUUUCGGUGGCUCCUUCUACGAGGAUGUCGAGCACACAAAAGUCCAGUGUACAGUCUACACGGAUAUCGACUGUUACGGGGCACGCACAUUCUUCCGGGACGGUGUGCCGUGUGUACGUUAUACGGAUCAUUAUUUUGUGACCACGUUGAUCUACAGCAUGUUGCUGGGUUUCUUGGGCAUGGAUCGCUUUUGCCUGGGACAAACCGGCACCGCAGUGGGUAAACUUUUGACAAUGGGCGGCGUCGGUGUCUGGUGGAUCAUAGAUGUGAUAUUGCUUAUAACGAAUAACUUGUUGCCCGAGGACGGUAGCAAUUGGAAUCCGUAUGUUUAAACUAAAGAAUAAGCCCUUGUGAUAAUAUUAGUAGUACAAGAUUUGUAAAUAAAAUUAAAUAUUAAGACAA